AUGUGUGACUGGUGUGGUCCCAAGUUUGGAUUUCUCACCCAAGAUGGCUGUUUUGAGUGUCAACCACUACCCUACAUUGGCAGGGACGUCAAACGUUUUGGAGCUACAUUCUUUGAACAUGGGCAUGGCGGUACAGUGGAGGCACAACGAAAUGACCUACCAAUGGAUGCCUGCUACGACACCAACACAACAAAGGACGGCAGCGGUCACGCAGAACCACCAAACAGAAACGGUGACAAGGAGAACUGCCCAAAGGCGCCAUUCAAGAUGAGCACCAAUCUCGACAGUCUAUUCUCACCCUUUCCAGAAAAGGCAAAGUACGUUGUGAGCAAGAGAGAGCCAACAGAUUUCUACCGAUUGGAAAAAAUCCUUCCACCCAAGAAGAAAGCCGACACCACCGAAUCUCCCAUCAAACGUAUGAAGAACGAAAUCGCAAUGAAAGAAAAGCCCAUCACGUACAACAACUGGAGGCAUGCCCGCCCCGGAGUGUCUUUGUUUGAUACUGGCGAAGCAUAUUCCUACUUGAGCUCUUCAAUGCAUCUAAACAGCAACAAGAGCUUAAGCGGAGCAUUUUGGUACACUGAAUUGCCCUCCUACAAAGAGAGGAAAGCUCUGAGGGAAAAGGAAGCCGAAGAGCAUUCAAAAAGAAAGUCACAGCAACAGGAGAACAAGGGAGAGCCAAUGAAAACAGCACCCGAAGAGCAGCAGAACAGACAAGAACAUAACAAGCUAGCAGAGGAUCUAUUAGACUUAGCGGACCAACAGGAAAAGGAAGAUACGAACAAGAAAGCAGAAGAAGAAGACGUCAUUGUGGCAAUGCCCCCUAAGCCAUCCAAGUUCGGACAAGAACACCAAAGCAUGAAAAAAUGGUUACAACAGCACGGAGGGGCCACAUCGUUUAGGAUGCUACCCAUGCCCAUCAAGAAGAAAGAACCAGUACCGCCCCAAGAGCAAUUGCCCAGAGGCACAAAGUCUCGGAUGGAGAACGUCUUCAAAGCCCUCAGGCCCAUGGCGUACGAACACUUCCGGCAGAACCCCAGACUUCUCAAGAAAUCCAGCGAAGAAAUUACAGCCAGACUUAACCAGUGCUUGGGACAGUUAUCCGUAGAAGCCAAAGAGAUCCCCGAAACAUUUAAGUCUCAGACACCAAAGAAAAAAGCUGCCAAGCCCAGAAAGACCAAGAACAACAGAAAAAGCGCACCAGGUGGCGGUACUGGAGAGGAGUGA